AUGGCACCCGCGAAGGGCACUAUCCUUGCCACCGCCGCCAACGGCAGUCUGAGCUCCUCCGUCGUCAAGCACAAGCCUGCGCUCGCCCAAGAUUAUCAUGGGCUAUACGCGGUACGCGGGGCAGAGAGCGCCACCACCGCGAAGAAGGCAUUUCAAGGCGCCAAGGCCGCGAAGCACGGGAGUAGGUACAUCGGCCACGACUUCGCCGAGGACAACUUCAACAUGACAUUCCAGGCCGCCUACCUCUCCCGCUUCCUCUUAGCAUUGCUGCUCCUCCAGGGAAUGGACGAGGGGAACGGCGGUAUCGCACACCUCCGAUCCGCGCAACAAGCUGCCGGUCAACGCCCACGCGGCCGAGCAACUCCGCUAAAUCUUCAGCAACCCGAGCAGAGAAUCUCCAAGGGCAUCUGGGACGCCGCCGCCGGCCUCACGCGGCGGCUGCCGGCGGACCCGUCGCUCUCGCGGGCCGCAGCGCUCGCGGUCGACCCGGCGGCCAUGAUCGGCAGCCUGGCGCGGCGCAGCGGGGAGCCGCAGCGGGUGCUCGCCUUGCGGGUGCCGGGCCCGCUGCUGGCGCCGCUCGCGUCGCAGCUUUUCUCGCACGACGGCCUGCGCACGCCGUCGAAGUCGGCCGGCGAUGUCGAGCGCGCCCGCUUCGAGGACGCCGCCUACCUCAACGAGUCGCCCGUCGCCGGCGUCGGCGCCGAGGCCGAGGACGAGACCAAAUACCGCAGGCUCCAGCGCGAUAUAGCCCGGGGCACGAGCACUCACUACCGGGGAACCCAUCCUGUUAUGCUGUACGACAGACAACGGAUAACCCCAAGGGGCGUCUCUAACCUCGGUUCCGUCACCUUAUCCGGCGCAGGCAUGGCCGGUGCGCACAUCCACGACGACGUCCGUGUCUUCGAAAUGGCGAGCUUCGGUUGA